AUGCAUUCCUCCAAUCCUGAAACUUCCCAACACUCCUUAAAUUCUUCCCAUGAUAAUAAUAAUACAACUGAUACAAAUAAUCAUCUUGAACGACUUAAACAACAAUCACAACACUGUAAUGGUAAUACAUAUACUAAUCAUUCAAAUUCAAUAUCAACACAAACUAAUUCUACACAACCAAAUACACAAUUAUUUACAAAUAGCCAAAAAGAAAUCUUAAGACUUAUUGGACAGCAUUUACAAAGUAUUGGAUUAAGUAAUACAGUUGAUAGUCUUAUAUCUGAAAGUGGUUGUGUACUUGAAAAUGAACAAGCAUCAAAUUUUCGUGAACUUAUUAUGGCAGGCAAAUGGACAGAAGCACUUAUAGCACUUGAUAAAUUGAAACAGUAUAUUGAAGAAUUUGAUGGCAUAUUACAAAUGAAAUAUUUAAUUCUUGAACAGAAAUAUUUUGAAUUAAUUGAAGAUAAUCAAGCAAUGGAAGCACUUUAUUGUUUAAGAAAUGAAAUUCGAACAUUAAAUAUUCGUAUUGAACGAACACAUCAACUUACUGCAUUUCUUAUGUUUAAUUCGAUUAAAGAUAUGUGUAAAGCAGCUAACUGGAGUGGAAAAGGUUUAACAUCAAGAGAAAAUUUAAUGGAAAAAUUACAAAAAUAUUUUCCACCUAAUAUAAUGUUACCACCAAAACGACUUGAAUCCUUAUUAUCACAAGCUAUUGAAUUCCAACAAGAUCGAUGUACAUAUCAUAUCAAACCUGGAAAAUUAUCUAUUGAAGAUGUAUCCUUACUUCAAGAUCAUGCAUGUUCUAAACAAACGUUACCCUGUGUUACAAUUCAAACAUUAACUGAUCAUACGGAUGAAGUAUGGUUUUGUAAAUUUUCUUUUGAUGGUACUAAACUUGCAACGGGGUCAAAAGAUGGUAAUUUGCAUAUAUAUGAUGUUAAUAUGGAAACAUAUGAAUUAAAACUACAAAAACAAUUUGAUGGUCAUUCAUUUGGCAUUGGUUGUAUAGCUUGGUGUCCAUUUAAUCGUUAUAUAAUCGCUUGUGGUACAGAUGAAUGUAAUGAAAUAUGGAUAUGGGAUAUUGAAAAAGAAGAACAACGAUCACGUAUAAAUCAUACAUCAGAAGAUAGUUUGACUUGUGCUGCUUGGUUACCAUGUGGAACAAGAUUUGUAUGUGGUGGAUCACGUGGACAAUUUUAUUACUGUGAUAUUGAUGGUAAUGUAAUUGAUAGUUGGGAAGGUGUUCGUUUACAAUGUUUGAGUGUAACAAAUGAUGGUGUUAUAUUAGCAGCUGAUGCACAAAAACGUAUAAGUUCAUAUAAAUUUGAUAGUUUAACUGAUCAACAAAUAAUUCAUGAAGAUCAUCCAAUUAUGUCAUUUACAAUAAGUAAAGAUGGUCGUUUAGCUCUUCUCAAUAUUGCAACACAAGGUGUUCACCUUUGGGAUUUACACGAUAGACAACUUGUUCGUAAAUAUCAAGGUGUAACACAAGGACAUUAUGUUAAUCAUGCAACAUUUGGUGGACCUAAUGAAGAAUUUAUUGCAAGUGGUAGCGAAGAUUCAAAAGUUUAUUUAUGGCAUCGAAGACAAGAACGUCCAAUAAUGAUCUUUUCAGGUCAUACACGUACUGUUAAUUGUGUUUCAUGGCAUCCUAUAUUACCAUUAUUAUUUGCUUCAGCAUCCGAUGAUGCAACUGUUCGAAUUUGGUCAACUUCUGAUCAUCAAAUAAAAACAGAAUCAUUGAUUAACAGUGAUUAA